CCAGGAGUCGUAGAAGGGGAUCUGGCUGCAGUAGAAGCUUACAAGUCAUCAGGAAGUGAUAUUGCUCGGCAACUUGUAUCAGAUGAAGUGCGCUUGUUGAAUCGUCCUUCAGCUUUUGAUGAAAACUACGGGUUGAUGUCAAAUGAAUCCUUGCAGUUUGAGGUUAAGCCUAAUAUAGUGUCUCAACAAGCUGCCAAGUGUAUACCUGCUAUGGUAUGCCCAGAGCUUACUGAACAGAUACGUCGUGAAAUAGCUGCAUCCCUUCAUCAACGCAAGGGAGACUUUGCCUGUUACUUCCUCACUGAUCUGGUGACAUUUACAUUGCCUGCAGAUAUUGAGGAUCUGCCACCAUCAGUGCAGGAAAAGUUAUUCGAUGAGGUGCUUGAUCGGGAUGUACAGAAAGAAUUAGAGGAAGAAUCACCUAUUAUAAAUUGGUCCUUGGAGCUAGGAAGCCGGCUGGAUAGUCGAUUAUAUGCUCUUUGGAACCGCACAGCAGGUGACUGCCUGCUUGAUUCGGUGCUACAAGCAACGUGGGGUAUUUACGAUAAAGAUUCGGUUCUUCGGAAAGCUCUUCAUGACAGCUUGCAUGACUGUUCACACUGGUUUUACACACGCUGGAAAGAAUGGGAGUCUUGGUACUCCCAGAGUUUUGGGUUACAUUUCUCACUGCGAGAAGAGCAGUGGCAGGAGGACUGGGCAUUCAUUCUUUCCCUUGCCAGUCAGCCUGGAGCCAGUCUAGAACAGACUCACAUCUUUGUUCUGGCUCACAUUCUUCGCCGACCAAUUAUAGUUUAUGGAGUGAAAUACUACAAGAGUUUUCGUGGUGAGACUCUAGGGUACACACGAUUUCAAGGUGUGUACUUGCCUUUGCUUUGGGAACAGAGUUUCUGUUGGAAAAGCCCUAUUGCUCUGGGGUACACUAGGGGCCACUUCUCCGCACUGGUCGCGAUGGAAAAUGUUGGCUAUGACAAUCGAGGUGCUGGCGCCAACCUAAAUACAGAUGAUGAUGUCAACAUUACCUUUUUGCCACUGGUGGACAGUGAGAGGAAGUUAUUGCACAUACACUUCCUUUCGGCUCAUGAGAUCGGUAAUGAGGACCAGCAGGAGAAGCUACUAAGGGAAUGGCUCGACUGUUGUGUCACUGAGGGUGGAGUUCUUGUUGCACAACAAAGGAGCUCUCGCCGGCGCAACCAUCCAUUGGUUACACAAAUGGUGGAGAAAUGGUUAGAUCGUUAUCGGCAGAUACGACCAUGCACCUCUCUUUCAGAUGGUGAGGAAGAUGAGGAGGAGGAUGAUGAAUGAAGCAAAGUUUCUGAUGGAGUAAUUGGUAUUACUUUGCUGAGAAGCCUGUAGAUUGGACUCUUCUGGUUUGACGUGCAUCAUGGAAAGUUUGGAUACCAAAUAGAAGUCACAUUUGAGGUCUGAUCUUUGGCAGCAAAAAAAGGCUGAUCUGUUUUGCCAUGUUGAAAUCGGAACUGGCGUGGUUGGACAACAAUAAACUAUGAAUGCUAAAUUUACUUUAAUGUUAAGAGAAAAAGCUUUUUUCCCCCAAACUGUACAUCCUUAGCUAUAAAUGUACUGCAUGUGGUUGUGUAAGAACUUGUGUAACAGGGAAAGAAGUAUACCAGCAUCUAAAAAUAACAACUUAUAUUGGUUUCCUAACAAGGGCACUUAAAAAAAACCUCCUUAUUUUAAAUUCUGGUUUGUUCCUUCAAGAUUUAUUUUAUUAUAGCCAUUUUUGGUCUGUAGCCAAUGUUUUUAAAAUACUGAUGCAUGUGUUCUUUUGAGAGAGAUUUUAAUGCCAAAUUAUGUUGCUGAGGGUCAGGUGACAGGUUGUACACUGGGAUUUGAAGAAUAAGGGGCAUCAUGGGUGGCAAAAACCAUGAGAACAAGUGCAUAGGUAUUCUUUUGAAUACUAUAAUGAAGUAAAAUCUCUAAGGAACAAAAUAGAGAUGUUGGGUUGUGUUGGAAAGUGUUCACCAAAGUAUUGUCUUUGUUUCUGACUUUUUAAGAGACUGUUACUCUAUAUAGUAUGGAGAUGGCAAAUUAUUGUUUUAAAGUUUGCAGACAUCAUACAUGUUCUCAUCUUCACUAAUGUUCACGACUACAAACCUAGUUUAGACCCUGAACUCUGGCAGUAAUUCUAUUCUGAUAAUCCUAUUUAUUUAAAGUGACCUGGAGACAUGAGGUACUUUUUUCCCAUAAGAUUAAGUUCAGAACCAAUUGCGUGGAUUUUGUUGAUUGUUUACUCAACCCCAAUGAAGAAUUUCAUGUUGCACAAAUACAUACUCUUGCUGUGAAAAUGUUGCUGAAUGUGCUGUUGACUUUUUUGUCUAUGCAAAUACUGUGCACCACUGCUAAGCCAAAGGUUUCCACUUAAUAAGGUCAUUAUAUUGCAGUUGCAUGUGUCUCACUUAAAUUUUAUAAUUCUGUUUGGAACACUUUUGAACUUUACAGGAAAUACUUUCUCUUGGAAACAUUCUAGGCAUCUUAUGCAAAUUGAGUUAUCUAUGUAAUCCCUAAUGUUCAGUACUUGUCACAUCAGCAGCCAUACAGAUUAAACUACAUUGAUGUGAAAUA